UAUUUGAACUAAUGAAGAGUGAAGAGCAUGCAAAAGAUAAGAGAGUUAAGCAUAACCAAGUUAAACUCGGUCCAAGUUUCUUUAAAAAGAAAUCUUUCAUAAACAAGAACAGUCAAAAGAGCUUAUCAAGCCAAGGAAAUGACUUCGAGAGCAACUUUGAAAAUAACAGGAAUGAAAGGCAGACUAAAGAUCGGCUGAAAAAAAAUAGGAAUAAUAGACUAGACUCUAUACAAGAAAAAUAAGCUGGAAUAUGAUAUACAAGAAGAAGAGGUUGAUCUUAGAGUCAGAAUAUACAUACUCUUUUUACUCAUGAACGUCUUCUUGAACUAUGAUACAGGAGUUAUACCAGGAGCUUUAGUACAGAUCUCUGAUGAACUCUCGUUUAAUAGUGAGCAGAUGGCAUACUUGGGGUCAUUUGUGUAUCUGGGGCUGUGAGCUGCAACAUUUUUAGGUCAUUAUGUCUUUCAUACUUACCAAGCAAAAUGGGUUAUAUCAAUAAUGGUGUUUCUUAAUGCAAUCUGAUGAUUUAUAUUCGCCUAUAGCACAAAUAUGUUAAUGCUUUAUUCUUGUAGGUUCUUGAUUGGAUUCACCCAAGCAUUCGUAGUCAUUUAUGCCCCAGUGUGGAUAAAUGAAUUUUCUCCUUCUGAAGCAAAUACAAGAUGGAUGGCAGGACUCCAUUCAGGUGUUGUAGUAGGUAUCCUCUCUGGAUAUAUCUUUGCACAAGUUGUGAUUAACUACUUCAGUCAUUAUGCGACUUGGAGACUUGCGAUCUACUUCCAAGGCGGGUGCCAAGCAUUGUUGAGCUUGAUUGCCAUGUUUGUAGAUAAUAAAAAUUUAGACGUUAGGCAAAAGCUGACUGAAGAAAACAUAUCAAUGAUUAGUGGAAAAUUUAUAGGAGAAAAUCGGCAUAUUAAUGACAAAAGAAUUGAUACUGUAGAUUCUGAUAAUAUUGGACACAUUUGUCACCAGUUUAAAAUCCUUUGCUCCAAUUAUGUCUUCAUCUUUGUGACUUUAUGAUUAUGAUCGGUCUAUUUUGUGGUUACAGGAAUACAAUUUUGGACAACCGCCUAUUUCCUUUUAAUUCUGAAUGAGAAUCCUGAGGCAACGAUGAUUAAUUUCUCUGUUGUUUGAAUAACAGCCCCAGUAGCUGGUGUCAUAGUCGGAAGUCAUUUCUCAGAUUAUAUUGGAGGCUACAAGGGAGAAAACUUGCUGAAAUCAAUAAAGCUUUGAGCGCUGUUUGGAUUCUUUGCAUUUUUAUUUGCUUUUCCUAUUGGAUUUAUGGAUACUCUUUGGACUCUCAUUCCUCUUCUCUGGCUGCUACUCUUCACUGGAGCCAUGCUGACCCCUACAUGAACAGGGAUUAUUGUGAGCAGUGUGCCUAGAAAGUAUCAAACAGCUAGUUCUAGUAUGAGCCAGCUUAUCAAUAAUUUAGGUGGAUAUUUCUUAGCCCCUGUCUUGAGUGCUUAUGUCAUGGACUGAUUCGAUGAUGAAAAAGAAGGCUUCAUCUGGGGCUACAGAGUUGUCCUUUGGUGGAGCAUCUUUGGGUUAGUUUUUAUUGCAUGAGCCUGGAUCUACGUCUCAAACUCAGAAAGAGGCUCAGACGAUGAUGACGAUAAGGAUCCAUCUGAAAUUAAAAGAGUUGAACUUGAGAUAUUGAGAAGACAAGCCCAAAGUUAUUCGAUAUAA